AUGGAACUGGAACUGGAACAGAAACUGCACGACGCAUCCUAUACGAAGGAUAAGCACAGCACCAACCGAAGGGAACUCGACAAAAUGCAUCGAUUCUCCGUCGACAAUCUCAUUGAACUGAAACAGGAUGCUUAUGCCAAGAGCAAAAUACCCCGGGAAUUGACUAAUAAUUUUGGCGGCGCCAACGUUGAUUACCCCAAUAAUCUGACAUCGGGGCACUCGAGAAAGCCGAGACGUAACCGCACCACCUUCAGCUCAGCCCAGUUGACGGCACUGGAGAAGGUAUUCGAGAGAACGCAUUAUCCCGACGCAUUUGUUAGAGAGGAGCUGGCCACAAAGGUGCAUCUGAGCGAGGCACGAGUGCAGGUUUGGUUCCAGAAUCGUCGUGCCAAAUUCCGUCGAAAUGAGCGCAGUGUCAGCAUAGGUCGACCACUAUUGGAUACGGCCACACAAUUGGUGCCUGCUCCAAUACCCAACAAUAUGCACAAAUAUCCGAAUCUGGCCCACACAGCACCACCUGGAGCCUAUGCCCUGAACUUUGCCCCACUCGAGCUGCGUUCCUGCCAAAACUAUACCAACUGCUACGGUGGAUUCGGCACAAAUCCGACAAGCAGCAGCGGAGUGUGCUCCUUCUUUGGGGCACCCAAUUACUGUGUGGCCGCCAACUAUGCAAAGAACGCGUAUCCGUCCCUCUGAUGAUGGCCAACUCAGCCC